ACGUGAUAAUGAGUUUAUGUAGCAAGCUUUCUUGGGGUCGUUUGUUGCUAAGGAACGUUCAUUUUGUAAUCCACCGAGCCUGUUUUCUUAAAUGUGUAUCUAUAUUGUAAAAAAUUACAGUAUCGCAUUUUUAGUGAUGGGAUGUGAUUCAGAGAGCUGCGGCUGGGAAAGUGAAACAAAAAGAAAGGAGAAGGAAGAUGACGGCGCUGCGUGGACGAAGAGGCCGGGGAUGCUAAACACGCUUUCUUUCUAAAGUGCUUGAACUGAUUGGACAUACAGUUUUAUUCAGAGAUGUGCAGAACAUGAUCCUGGCAAUGAGAAGGAUGAUGAACACAAACAACUUGUUCCUUUCCAGUAUGAACAAUUCCUGGCUUAUCAAAUUGUCUACCGAGAUAGUAUUUAGAGGAGCAUCAAGGAGGGGUUUUUGUCUUAAGCUUGGGAGGGCCAAUGAUGUAUCAGACAAAGAAAACAACAUUUUAGUGAGCAGUCUGAAAGUUAUGGGUGUGGAUAUCAAAAUGGUAAGACAACGACAGCCUGGGAUUCUGAGGAAGCAAGUGACCAACGAAGAAGGCCUGACAAGAUUUUUGCAAGCCAAAGGAGCUAACAAAGAAACUAUUGCUGGAAUUAUCUCACGUUACCCACGUGCCAUUACACGCUCAUAUCAAUCUCUCAAAGAACGCUGGGAAAUCUGGCGAAGUAUUUUGAUGACUGACCAGGAAAUUUUAACAAUCCUUCAGCGUUCCCCAGAAUCCUUUUUUCGUUCUGGAAAUAAUGCAAACAUGCAGAAAAAUAUAUCAUAUUUUUGUUCACUUGGGCUAACGUCCAGUGAUCUUUGCAAGAUGCUUACAAGAGCUCCAAGGGUAUUUUCUAACAGUGUGGAGCUCAAUAAACAAAUGGCAGGUCUGUUGUAUGAAAUCUAUUCAUCUCUAGGUGGCGAGAACUCAGAUGACUUCAUUAAGCAGUUGAUUUCUAAAAAUGUUUUCGUCUUCUUACGAAGCAGCAAGCAAGUGAAAGCUAAUGUUCAGUUUCUUCAAUCAUCUUUUGAUCUGAACAAUCAGCAGUUAUUGACGCUGCUUCAUGCUGAAGGAGGUGAUGUUCUAGAUCUUUCUAAUGAAUACCUUAAAAAAACAUUUGCAAAUGUGAAAAAAAAACUGUUAUCUCAUGGGUGCACUGAAAAGGAAGUGGAUACGUUUGUGAUGAAGCACCUUCGCAUUCUAUACCUUUCUUCCCAGAACCUAAAUGAUAAAAUAGAUUUCCUAUUACAGGCCAAUAUUAGCAUUCAGCAAAUAGUGAAAAGCCCUCUAGUUCUAGACAAAAGUAUCAGCACUUUAAGUAGCCGAAUUGAGGAACUGGAGAAACUGGACUAUAAUUUUACAGUCCAUGGAAUUGGGAUUCUUGCACUGAGUAAACCACGGUUUGCGGUUAAACUGGGAAAGUUUCAUUGUACGUAAUGACAGAAAAGUUACCUUUUGUAACAAAAGAGGAAUCGGACAUUUGGAGGGGAAAGACAAAUAAUCUUACAAAUAGUGUAUUUUUGAAAAUAAUAAUUUGGUAUGACUUGUCUUACUAAAAAGUGGUAAAUUCUCAAGUGUUGUUGCUUUGAAUGGUAUACAAAGCAAAUCUACAAGCUGUAAUAAUUGAAUUGCUGUAAUAAAUGCAGAUUAAUGCCAGAAAAGCAGA